GAGGCGGCGGGCGCCGCCGGGAUCCCGGAGGAGCAGGAGCUGUCAGCGGCGGACGAGUCUCUGGAGGAGAAGCUGCGGAGCCUCACCUUCAGGAAGCAGGUGUCCUACAGGAAAGCAAUCUCCAGGUCAGGCCUCCAGCACUUGGCUCCUGUGCAUUCCCUCAACAUUCCAGUCACCAAUGGACCUGUGAAGGAACCAAGAGCGGCCUUAGAGUGGACUGAAAAUGCUGUGAAUGGAGAGCAUCUGUGGCUUGAGACAAAUGUUUCUGGGGACCUCUGCUACCUGGGGGAGGAAAGCUGCCAAGUCAAAUUCUCAAAGUCUGCCCUGCGGAGGAAGUGUGCUGCCUGCAAGAUCGUGGUGCACAACGCGUGCAUGGAGCAGUUAGAGAAGAUUAAUUUUCGCUGCAAACCGACUUUCCGAGAAGGAGGCUCCCGAUCUCCAAGAGAAAACUUUGUGAGGCAUCACUGGGUGCACCGGCGGAGGCAGGAGGGCAAAUGUAAGCAGUGUGGAAAGGGCUUUCAGCAGAAAUUCUCCUUCCAUAGUAAAGAGAUUGUGGCCAUCAGUUGUUCCUGGUGCAAGCUGGCGUUUCACAACAAAGUCACCUGUUUCAUGCUACAUCACAUUGAGGAGCCAUGUUCCCUGGGGGCUCAUGCUGCUGUCAUUGUGCCUCCCACCUGGAUCAUUAAGGUGAAGAAACCUCAGGUGGUCUCCAUACCAGGAGACGAGCCUGAUUGGGCAGGAGACUGGAGCCCCGAAGGGGAAACGGGCGUCUCCUACCCCUAUUGGGAGGGUUGGCAGAACUCCUUAAAGACUUCAACAAGGCGAAAGAAGAGAACAUCCUUUAAAAGAAAAGCCAGCAAAAGAGGAAAUGAAGAUAACAAAGGGCGGCCUUUUGUGAUAAAGCCAAUCUCUUCUCCACUCAUGAAGCCACUGCUGGUUUUUGUCAAUCCAAAAAGUGGAGGGAAUCAGGGCACCAAGGUUCUCCAAAUGUUUAUGUGGUAUUUGAAUCCACGCCAGGUCUUUGAUCUCUCUCAGGAAGGACCGAGAGAUGCGCUGGAGCUGUACAGAAAAGUGCCAAACCUGAGGAUCCUGGCUUGUGGUGGGGAUGGGACGGUGGGCUGGAUCCUGUCCAUCCUUGAUGAGCUGCAACUCAGCCCCCCACCUCCUGUGGCUGUCCUUCCACUUGGCACUGGGAAUGACCUUGCCCGCACCCUCAACUGGGGUGGGGGUUACACAGAUGAGCCGGUGUCGAAGAUCCUCUGCCAUGUAGAAGAUGGAACAAUUGUCCAGCUGGACCGCUGGAAUCUUCAAGUUGAGCGCAACCCUGAUUUGCCCCAGGAUGAGCUGGAGGAUGGGGCACGUAAGCUUCCCCUCAAUGUCUUCAAUAAUUACUUCAGUCUUGGAUUUGAUGCACAUGUUACGCUGGAGUUCCAUGAAUCCAGAGAAGCAAAUCCAGAGAAAUUCAACAGCCGAUUUAGAAAUAAAAUGUUUUAUGCAGGGGCAGCCUUUACAGACUUUCUGCAAAGAAGCUCAAGAGAUUUAUCCAAGCACGUUAAAGUUGUGUGUGAUGGUACAGACCUGACUCCAAAGAUCCAGGAGCUGAAGUUCCAGUGUAUAGUGUUUUUAAACAUACCCAGGUAUUGUGCUGGCACAAUGCCCUGGGGGAACCCUGGCGAUCACCGAGACUUUGAGCCCCAGCGUCACGACGAUGGCUACAUUGAAGUCAUUGGGUUCACCAUGGCCUCGCUGGCUGCUCUCCAGGUGGGAGGUCAUGGAGAGAGGUUGCACCAGUGCCGGGAGGUGACUCUCUUGACCUACAAGUCCAUCCCCAUGCAAGUGGAUGGUGAACCCUGUCGGUUGGCUCCCUCCCUCAUCAGGAUCUCCUUAAGGAACCAAGCCAACAUGGUGCAGAAAAGCAAGAGGAGAACGUCUAUGCCUUUGCUGAAUGAUAUCCAUAAAGUGCAGUCUGCUGACCUGAGGAGAGUCUCGGCUCCCCCUGAUUCCUUCACUGUUCCUCAUUCCAUCCCAGAUCGCCUGAGGAUCAGAGUGAACAGGAUUAAUUUACAAGAAUACGAGGGGCUACAUUACGACAAGGAAAAACUCCGGGAAGCUUCCAUUCCCCUAGGAAUCAUUGUUGUACGAGGAGAUUGUGACUUGGAGACUUGUCGCAUGUACAUUGACCGUCUGCAAGAGGACCUACAGUCAGUAACACCUACUACACAGAGAGUUCAUUACCAGGACCAGGAAAGCUCUUUCCCCAGAGUACUAUCUGUUCAGAGGCUCUCUCCUAGAUGGUGCUUCCUAGAUGCAACUUCUGCUGAUCGUUUUUACCGCAUUGACAGAUCUCAGGAACAUUUGCACUUUGUGACGGAAAUUUCGCAGGACGAGAUUUUUAUUCUGGACCCAGAGAUGGUAAUGUCUCAGCAGGUGGGGACGCCACCAGGAAUGCCUGAUCUGGUAGUGGAGCAGGCAACCGGAAUAUCGGAUCGGUGGAACCCUGCAGCUCGGAAGAGGAUGCUGAGUGACAGUGGCCUUGGAAAGAUUUCUCCCCACUACGAGGUACCUGACAAACAAAAGGACGCCAGCCAGACACAUAUGCUGCAGUCACCGGUUUCUUCAGAAGAUCAAGCGCUUUUACAGGCAGUGAUAUCUGGUGAUCUACUGAAGUUCAUAGAAUGUUGUAAAAAAGGAGCCAAUUUGUUAAUCCAAGGACCUGAUCACUGCUCCUUGUUGCACCAUGCUGCCAUGACUGGGAACGGCGAGAUCGUGAAAUACAUCCUGGAGCAUGGUCCAUCUGAAUUGCUGGACAUGGCAGACAGUGAAACGGGUGAGACAGCAUUACAUAAGGCAGCCUGCCAGCGCCACCGUGCCGUCUGCCAGCUCCUGGUGGAUGCGGGAGCCUCUCUGAGAAAGACAGACUCCAAGGGUAAGACCCCUCGUGACAGGGCUCAGCAAGCUGGUGAUCCGGAUCUGGCCUCCUACCUGGAGAGUCGACAAAACUAUCAAAUAGUUUCCCACGAGGAUCUAGAGACAGCAGUCUGAUGUCUGAAAAUAUCCAAGAGAAUGGCUGGAAAUCUCGAGACUGUGACCGAGGCACUCGGACAUCGUGUGAGGAAGAAACUGAUGGAAUCCACGUGUCUCUCACUCUCAAGGAAAAUACCUGAGGACAUGCCACCAGUUUCUAAGGGCUACUGAGUCUUGCUGCGGAACGGUUAUGUUCCUUAAGUUAGCCCAUGAUGGAUGAGGUGGGACACUCAAAGGUCUGUGGAAUCCACAGGCCACAAAAUUUUACCUUUAUUGCUUCCAGCAAGUAGCAUGAACUUCUCCCAUGUUCAUCUGUACAAUUUAUUAAAAAAAAAAAAAAAAAAGGAAAGAGUAAAGAGGGUGUGGGGGAACAAAACCCAAACUAACUGGUACAUUAAACCACCCAACCAGGCUCUCCUCCAUCCUUCCAGUUUCCUGCAAUUCUUUUAUUCUCCUGUUCAGCUCACUUCUCAUCAGUUGAAUAUUACCUGUUAUCUCUGUGUUGUCUUCACAAAUGGUCAGGCAGUAGCAAAAUAUUUGAGGAGCUCUGGAUGCCCUUAAGAAAUAGCCAGAGUUUUUACCAGCUACAUUCCCUCCCUUGCCAUCCUCUCAGGAGCCGUGCUGUCAGUACUCAGCCACCAUGGAGAUUUCUUGCUUUCGGAGAGGAUGCUGCUUAUUGCCUUCUUUCCCAGGGUGUGGGGCACAGUUAGAUGUACAGCAGUGACAAAACCCAGCCCCACUGCGGCUGGGCAUAUGGUCAUUGUAUCCUCGUGAGACAGGCAUUUGUAUGGAAAGGAGUUAUAUGGGAUAAACUGUGCUAAAUGGCAGAGCAGAAAGUCACCAGGAAGGUUUCUCAUACCACUUUUAUGCGUGUAAUGGCUGGCCUAGUUCUUCUUAGGUUUCAGGCCUGCCUAGAAGCUGAUAGCUCUUCUUUACUUCUGAAAAGAUGGGUUUUACACUGGGGAGAGAUUUGUGCAAGACUGAGGCAAUUUUGAUGGACUGACUGACAGACAUAGUCUCUGUUGCAGCACAGCCAGAGGGAAGGAGACCUGGAACAACAGCAGCAGCCAGCCUGGGCUCGCUGCUGCCAACAAACAAAUGGGCACUGGCCUGGUCACACUGGGAGUGGGAAAACCUUCUCUGAACCUGUUAACUAUGAUUUUUCAAGGGAACACCAUUUUGGGGAGUCUGUCCCUGGAGAAGUACAAGCAGCAGCUCUUUGCCUUGUUACCCACAACAGAUUUGAAAUGUAAAGCUUAGCUUCUGUAAAGGCCAGCUGUGUCUUCUAUACUCAUUUGUUCUCUGUCUUAUAACCAUAAAAGAAGAGAAAGCAAACAAAUGCACAGGCAAAAUGUUUCACCUUUGGGUUUCCAAUUGCUACAGAUAUCUCAGCUGACAAAAUAACAGAGCUCCCACUUCUGCUUUGUCAGACCAAUGCCCAUGAAGAUUCUCAUGUCUGACUUUUGGCAUAACUCUUGGAAUUUUUGAACUUUGCUUUGUUGUUUGAUUCAAAAGAUCCAGCAGUGUUUGUUUUCACAUCCCUUGCUAGGGGUAGCUCUCUUAUAGACGAUGAUCAUCCAGGUUACAUACAUUUGGAAACCAUGAAAAUAACUCAGGUCAUUACCCAGUUAAGUUUUUCUUCUUUGGUAGAAGCGGAGAAAAUCAAAUGAAUUGAUUUUUUUUUUUUUUUUUUUUUUUAAAACCAUGAGUAAUUGUUGUGGUAGGGAGGGAGGAGCUGUACAAUAUACUUUGGUUUUUUUUCCUCUUUUCAAAAGUUUAUUUGAUAUGGGCAAAAUAUUUCUUUAGUAUUUCUUCCUCUGGAAGGAAACUAUAUAUAUUUGUAAUCUAUAGAUCAAUGGCAACAUGAAAUGUAUUUUGUCUUAUUUUCUGUCUUUACUUUUCUCAUUUAAAAAAUAAAAUAUGAAAGACAAAUUACUUCCCUUGAUAAUUAUCCAGGGGCUUGUGGAGAAAAUCAGUGUGUGUGUGUAUAUUAGAACAGAAUUUGGCAACCAUUAAAAUAAAAAAUCAGAAUAUAGUUUUGGUGUAUGUGAUAUUUCCACAAGGAAAGAUCCUCACACUGUGGUUUCAUGAUAGGCCUUGCAUCAUUUCCCAGCUGUGAGAAAAGACACUACAGUAAUAUUUCUAUAUAUUUAUGAAAAUAAGAAUUAUGUUACCAUCACUUUAAUCUUUUUGUUUGCUUUACUGAUCUGAGAAAUGGAGGAUGUUUCAAUGACACAGGAGCUUGGCUCUGUCUUGUGCAGAGGCCAAGCUGAGUAGGGUCACUGAACCUGUGACAGCUCCCUGAUCCUUUAGUCCCAUGAAGCCGGUGGAGCAGUAAAGGCUUGCUUUAAACACAGGUAGCCUCCAGAGCCCAGAUGUAGAUUAUGAUAAGGGAGUCAGUUCUGACCCUGCUGUCCCCAGUUGUCCUCCCCUUGUCAGCUUAUCCCUGGUACCCAGGAGGUGCCUGCAGCUGUGGCUGGCUCUGGAGCAGCUUGGCAGGAUGGGCAGAUUUCCCGAGCAAUUUUGUGCUGUUUGGACUGCUCAGAGGAACUUGGAGCACACGAGAGAGCGUGGCUUGCCUUUUUCACUGAGAGCUGGAGUACGAUGAUAUGAUCAGAGUGAGCCUAUUGUGUCUCUGGAAAGCUGCCUGUGCUGUGUGCUCGGUAGGAGACAGCUACUGUAUGAUAAAAAUAGCCUGCAGCGCUGGAGGUAGGACAGGAACUGGCUGGAUGUAGUGCCCUCAGCGUUCAAGGCGUCCCAAGGCACCGCACACGUGAUGCACUGGAUACUGGUGAUGUUUUCUAUCUGUAGGUAACGGAGCACUUCUAGUGUUUUCUACAGUGGCUCAUGAGUGGCAAGGAAUGUCAGAAGCUGGUUCACUGAGGGCAGUUCAGGACCAGGAUGCUGCAGGACUAUUCCCUGCCCUUUUCAAGUGUGAUGGGAUUACCAGAAGCAGGCAGACUCUGCAGCAGUUAAAGGUGACACAUAUAUAUUGAAUCUCUGGAGCUCUUGGGGCUCUAGGUUAGUACAGUACAACUGUGCCUGCACUGGGCGGGGCCCAAAUUCCAGUGUGCAGCUGGGAGUCCACUCAAAUUACAUGUAAAGCAUUUCAACUUUCUUAAAGCAUCUGUUCAAUGGCUGUGUCUGUUAAUGUGUGUACAUUACUAUAUAUAUGUAUAUUUAUAAAUAUCAGUAUGCAUGUAUAUAGGUGCGCACAUAGAUGCGAGAACACGCUGGAAAUUGCGCCAUUGGCAUGACAAAGUCCCUAGGGAUACUCAGCUACUGAGAUUGCUGGACUGACAAAAUGUCAUUUUCCAUUUUAGUUUGUUAUUAACGGGAACUUUUUUCAGUAGAACUGAGGAGCUUCUGCACUGUUCUAUUGUACUGGUUUUAUGGUCUCAUUUUGGAGUUAAGUGGAGGGAAAGAAAGUAUUUAUAAUGUUGAUAAAAUAAACUUAAUUUUGUAAUUCAA